UUUAUUACCAGACAAAAAAAAAGUCCUGCAACUGGGACAGAGAUGUGAACACAGACUUCUAAGGGCAUCAUUAGAUGAUUUCCAGUUAGGGGCACAGUGUGACCAGAGCCCGACACAGCAGUGCCCACAGGCCACGUCACACACUGCAUCCUCUCUCCCACCCCUCCGCCAGCAUCCAUGGCGUGCUCCCAGUGGUGACAGGCGCUGAUUGAUUGCGCCGCUCUGGCCUGUACUGCGCAUGCCGCAGGUGCUCACCGCUCCUCCAUCUUCUGCCCCGCACUGCUGGGAGGAAUACCUACAGAGGGCACAGCAUCAGCCAGUCGUCACCGGCGAGCCCGCCUCCAUCAUGCACGUCUGAGGGGACCUUGACGUUCUGCACCGUAGAAAAUGGAUGUUGACUCGGCUGCUGCUCGCAUCUGAAGAGAUCCGGUGUGUGAGCCUCGGGGUCUGUUGCUGUGAAGUUAAUGUAUCGAGAUGAAGUUCAUACUGGGGAUUUUGGCUUUUCUCAUAUUUUCCUUAUGGUUGGAUGGAGUGCAUUCUAAAGAGAAGUCCUCAAAGAAAGGAAAGGGAAAAAAGAAGCAGCAUCUCUGCCCAUCUCAGCUAUCUGCAGAAGAUCUUGCAAGGGUUCCAGCAAACUCCACUAGCAACAUAUUAAACAGACUGUUGGUCAGCUAUGACCCAAGAAUAAGACCAAACUUCAAAGGUAUUCCAGUAGAUGUGGUAGUCAACAUAUUUAUUAACAGCUUUGGAUCUAUCCAAGAAACUACUAUGGACUACAGGGUCAAUAUCUUUCUAAGGCAGAGAUGGAAUGAUCCCCGACUAAAACUUCCCAGUGAUUUCAGAGGCUCAGAUGCUCUCACAGUAGACCCAACAAUGUUUAAGUGUCUGUGGAAGCCAGAUUUAUUUUUUGCAAAUGAAAAGAACGCCAAUUUUCAUGAUGUCACCCAAGAAAACAUCCUCUUGUUUAUUUUUCGUGAUGGAGAUGUCCUUCUUAGCAUGAGGUUGUCCAUUACUUUAUCCUGUCCCCUGGACUUAACAUUAUUUCCAAUGGAUACUCAGCGAUGCAAGAUGCAGCUGGAAAGUUUUGGAUAUACGACGGAUGAUUUGCGGUUUGUUUGGCAGUCAGGAGACCCUGUACAAAUGGAAAAGAUUGCUUUGCCUCAGUUCGAUAUUAAAACAGAAGAUAUUGAAUAUGGUAAUUGUACAAAGUUCUACAAAGGAACUGGUUACUACACCUGUGUAGAGGUCAUCUUCACCUUGAGGCGGCAGGUUGGAUUCUAUAUGAUGGGUGUUUAUGCACCCACCCUGCUUAUAGUUGUCCUUUCGUGGCUUUCUUUCUGGAUCAACCCUGAUGCUAGUGCUGCCCGAGUUCCAUUAGACCAUUCCAUACGUAAAACAUUCCCAUCUGUGUGUCUUCCAUAAGUUUUUUGCAUGUGGGACAUCAGUGUGCCAUGGACAUCCAUCACUUGAUCAUCACUCAUCAUUAAGGAGUGGCAGCUAAGUGUACGAUUUGUAUAUUCACUUACCUCUUCUAUGGAUGGAUUGUGUAUCUGUGGAAUGUCGUUGUUUUUUUUUCUAGCCUCAUCAUUUGACAAUAAAUAUGUAAAACUGUAACCAUUGUUUAAUAAGUAGUGUUGAGCGAACGUGUGUUUUAAGUUCGGUGUCUAAAGUUCGGGUUAUCGAAGAAUCCCGUUAUGGAUUCCGCUACCACGGACCAUAAUGGAAUUUAGAAUCCAUAACUGGAUUGUUCGAUAACCCGAAGCCGAAAUUUAGACGCCGAACUUAAAAAACAAGUUCGCUCAACACUAUUAAUAAGUUUGAGCGUUCAGCCACAGGCAACAGGAGAGUAAAAUUUGUGACAUGGGCUAUUAGGGUUCCAUAGCAUCCCCAGCCAUAUCAUUUGUAUAUAUUAUGUAAUAAUGCAAUCAUAAUUUUCCCAUAGAUAAAAUAUUUGGGCUAGUAUUUUACUUAUAUAAGUUGUAUCAUCUCAAGCAGUGGUGGCAUAUCGCUAGGAUAUGCCACCAAUGUCUGUUAGGCCCACCUCUGGGACCCAAAGCUAUCUUUAAAUCGGAGCCUACAAAGUGAAGGAAAGUGGACGGACUGCCCGUGUGCAGACGCUCUCCAUUCAUUUCUGUGCGAGAGUCGAAAAUAGCUAAGCAGAGCAAUCAGCUAUUUUCAGAAGUCCCAUAGAAUUGAAUGGUUAAGCACACCGCCCAAGAGCGGCCACUGCUCCAUUGACUUCUAUGGGGCUGAUGUAAAUAGCCGAAUCGGCGCUUAUCUAUUUUCGUCAGUCCCAAAGAGAUGAAUGGAGGGCGGUCACACAUGCGGGCUCCAUUCUAAAGAUAGUUGCGGGUCCUAGCAAUAUGACACAACCUCUUUUAAUAAAAUGUAUUUAUAUGCCUUUUUUACAGUCCCAAAUUACAAGUCUAUGACGGUCUGUAUCGUGCACUGUGUCCAAUCUUCGUGUGGUAGCUUAAAUGGUCUUUCAUCAGGCGCUGUCCUUCACACUGAUUAGCUUAGGUUCUAAGUGUCAUUGAAUCUGUACGACAUGUAUCCACUUAGUUGUAUGAAAAUAACCUUUGAAAUGAACAUUUUAUUUUUUUAAAGAAGUAUUCUUUCUCAGGCUUAACCUUUAUAUUGGUGGAGUCGUACUGUCUUGUUCAUGUUUUGUAUCAUGAUCUAUAGGGCUGCUAUGACUAUAUAAAUGCUGCACAUGUCCUUUUUUUAAAAAAAACUUAUCAUUAAUAUUAUUUCUCUUUAUUUUUUUGUGAGGUUUUUUUUUUUUUUCCAUAAAUGCUUGAUUGUCAAUAAAUCUGGCGACCAGGCAUACCAAGAAAGUGUUGCAGUCUGGCAGAGACAUUCCUGGAAAAACUUUUCUGUGUGGUUAAGCAUUAUUAUGCUGAAAAAUGACAGUUGCAAGCCCUGCCAUUAGAGGGAACACUGCUGCUAGGUAGCUGCAGGAUGUCCCGCACAUAUAGCUGAGGCUACUUUCACACUAGCGUUCG